AUGGUGGACAAAGGAUUGAUUUUAGGUAAUAUUGUGUCCCAAAAAGGCUUGGAAGUUGACAAAGCCAAGAUAGAUGUUAUCAAGAGUCUUCCUUACCCAAAAAAUGUUCGGGAAGUUCGUUCGUUUCUUGGCCAUGCAGGUUUUUAUUGGCGGUUCAACAAAGAAUUCUCAAAGAUUACAGUGCCGAUGUGUCAACUACUCCAAAAGGAUGCUGAUUUUGCGUUUACUCAGCCAUGCAAGGAUGCUUUUGAUCCAUUGGGUCAAAAGGUUGACCGAGCACAUCAUGUUAUCUACUAUGCAUCAAAGACCCUUGAUAGUGCACAAGGCAACUACACCACAAUGGAGAAAGAGUUGCUUGCUAUUGUCUUUGCUUUAGAGAAGUUCCGACAGUACCUCCUUGGAACUAAAGUGAUCAUAUAUUCGGACCAUGCAGCCAUAAAGCACUUACUUACAAAGAAAGAUUCGAAGCCGAGGUUAAUACGGUGGAUGCUGCUUUUGCAAGAGUUCGAUAUUAAGAUCAAAGACAAGAGUGGAAAGGAGAAUUUAGUUGCGGAUCAUCUAAGCCGCAUUUUGUCACCUGAAGAUGGUUCACCAAUCUGUGACACAUUUCCAGACGAUCAUCUAUUUGCAGCCAAAGAGGCACCAUGGUAUAUAGAGAUAUCGUCAAUUAUUUGGUCACAAAUUUUCUCACGGUUUGGCACACCAAAGGCGCUCAUAAGUGACCGCGGGAUCCAUUUCUGCAAUAGGAUGCUCGAGGCUGUUUUGAAGAAGUAUGGGGUGACACACAAAGUCUCAACAGCUUAUCAUCCCCAAACCAAUGGACAAGCCGAGGUCUCAAACAGGAAAAUCAAAAGCAUUUUGGAGAAGACGGUCAACCCAAACCGCAAAGAUUGGAGCUUAAGGCUAGAUGAUGCCUUAUGGGCAUACCGUACUGCCUUUAAAACCCCCAUUGGUAUGUCCCCAUAUAGGCUGGUGUUUGGAAAAGCAUGCCAUCUUCUGGUUGAGAUUGAACAUAAAGCUUUUUGGGCUAUAAAGAAAUUCAAUAUGAAUGAAGAUGAAGUGGGAAACAAAAGGAAGCUAGACAUUCAAGAGUUAGAGGAGAUUCGGAAUGAUGCAUACGAAAGCAACAUGAUUUAUAAAGAGAAAACCAAAGCGUACCAUGACAAACUGAUCUUCAAGAAAACAUUUGUGCAAGGACAAAAGGUGCUUCUUUGCCACUCAAGGUUCGAGUUAAUUCCAGGGAAGUUAAGAUCAAGAUGGGUUGGUCCUUUUGUGGUCACAAGGGUGUUUGGCCAUGGUGCAGUGGAAAUCAUGAACAAGCAAACCGGUAAAACAUUCAAAAUCAAUGGUCAUAGAUUGAAGCCAUUUUAUGAAGGAUUCGAGGUGAAGAAUGAGGAGGUUGAUGUGUUGGAGAACCCCACGUACCAAGAUUGA